AAUAAUGCUGAUUUCUUUCUUUUCUACCUCUUCUAUGUGAAGUGGUACGAUGUGCCCGAACUGCCUCUUAAACAAAGAAGAAGAGGAGGGUAAGUAUUACGAGCGAGGCGAGGACUUGCGAUUGGAGGCGAUCAAAGACCAGAUCCUGAGCAAGCUAGGCCUCAGCGCCAGGCCCAACGUGAGCGGGGCCCUGCCCAGGGACGUAGUACUUCAAGUACUCAGCAGGGCCAGCGAUGGGCCCCACCACAAGCCGGCUCCCAAGGAGUCCCAGGACGAGUUCUACUCCAGCACCUCGGAGAUCAUCACCUUCGCCGAACCAGGUCCUCGGUUAAACGGGCAGCGACUGCUGGAACUCGCUGCACCAACGGAAGGAACGGAGUUGCGGGUGAAGUCUGCCGUCCUCUGGCUGAGGAUGGAGCCUCGGGCCACCGUCCUCAGGAACGUCACGCUGUGGGCGUUCAGGCUGCUGGCCCAGCACCUCUCCAACGCCACUCACCUAAGUGGUAAGGAGUUCGACAGGAUGACUGAGGUGUGCGGGUCGGCGCGGGUGGGCCCCUCCGGCUGGCAGAAGAUGGACCUGACGCGAGCAGUGACGGACUGGUACCGGCGCGGCGGCGAACGGCUGCGGCUACUGCUCGACUGCUCGGGCUGCGGCCGCCAGACCUCGCCGUCGCUGUUCGCCUCAGGCACCGACCACCGGCCCUUCCUGGCAGUCAGGGCGGAGCCGGCGCUGUCUCGCCGCGUGCGGCGGCGGGCGCUCGACUGCACCGGGGCGCCGCGCGGCCAGUGCUGCAAGCAGCGCUUCUACGUCAGCUUCAAGCAGCUCGGCUGGGACGACUGGGUGAUCGCCCCGAGCGGCUACUACGCCAACUACUGCCGCGGCGACUGCUCGGGGCACAGGACUCCCGACAGCUACGUCAACCACUACACGCACGUGCUGGAGGAGUACCGCAAGACGGACCGGCUAGCCGGAUUGCAGCCCUGCUGCGCCCCCAUCAAGUUCUCGUCCACCUCGCUUAUCUAUUACGGCCCCGACAUGAACAUUAUUAAGAGGGACUUACCCAAAAUGGUGGUCGAAGAGUGUGGAUGCCCUUAAGUGCGACCGUCUUGUGCGUCCAUCUUGAUAAAUUUAAAAAAAAUAAUUGAGGAAAGAGAUGGUCUGGGAUGGCGGUCUUCAAAAAAACUUAAAAUACUGAAAAAUAUUAUAGUUGUACCGAAAAGUUGACUUAAAUAAAAUAGUUUCCACUAUUUUAAGUUUUUUUAAUAAACGUCAUCCCAGACGGUCUUUUUCCACAGUAUUAUACUACGGUCAACUAUUAAAAAAAAAAUAUGUUCGUAUUGUAAAUACCAUCGAUUUUAGUAUGGACAACUUGGAGUGAUCGCGAAUGGUGAUUAGAUUGGAAAGGUGUUAAACCUACAGACACUUCCCUUUCAUCUAGCCAUGUUUCUUUAUUCUAGUUUAGCUGUAAAGUGUAGUUAACAUCCCUUGUGGAAACUUCUUCAAAAAAAAAAUAAUAAUAAUAAAUAAUAAAUAAUAAUAAAUAAAUAAUCUAAUGAUGUUGGAAAGAAUGUGCUUGACUGUUAGAACGGACUUGAAAUUAAUUAUUAAGAUGAUGUUUGUAAAUAUUAGAAGAUGGUUGCAGCUGUAGAUGUAUACUUCAAAUGUUUGCCAAAAAUUGUUGAUUUCGAAUAUUUUUUUUUUAGUCCUAAUUGUUAAUAUCUACUGAUACUUAUGAUAAUCAGGGUUCUAAAAACAUUCCAUUAUUUUAUUAAUGUUAAAAUGAGGACUGAGUGGUGUACGGCUCUUCUUUUGAGUACACUUCACCACCUUCAAUUUUAUCAGAUAAGACAAAUUAUUUAUAUUUGAAAAGACGUUAGUAAUUGUUAUAUUAGUUCCAAUGCUAGUGUUUAAAUGUAAAUAUUUACGAAUGUCGGAUCUUCUUUUUAGCUUAAUAUAUAAAUAUAUAUAUCUAUUAUAUAUAUAUUUAUAAAUAUUAUACCUCGACGUAUGCUUUCAAAGAACAACUGACCAUGUGUUUGUGUCUAUGUUCCGUUGGUGAUUGAGGAGGUUGUAUGUGCAAUGGCCGACUUACAACUCCCUCAGUCCUGGAUGAAAAGCGCCAUGUUAGGAGUAUAUGCUUAAAAAAAAAAAAGAAAAAAAUAAUAAUUAAAUAAAUAUAUUUAAAAAAUUAUAUAUAGUUACUGAUAGCAGUGAGUAUUUCUGCUGACUGAAGAGAGUCUUAUCGUCAAAGUCGCGGGACAAAAUUUGUAUGUUACCAAACCUGAAGCUGACCUGGGUAUAAUCCCAGUGUACGUUGUGAUACAAUUAGGCACUUUUUAAAUAUUAGCUUUACAGUUAAUUUCAUAUAUAAUUAUUUAAGUAAACUGUGAUCGUUUCUUGUGAGAUGGAGCGACAUUAGAGGGAACUACUUGUUAUCAAAUCAAAAUGUUAAAAUAAAAAAAAAAUUUAAAAAUCACAAAAAAAAAAUUGUGAAACAGAAAGAUUAAAAAUGUGAUGAGAAUAUUCUUACACUGCCUCCUUCGACAGAUAGUAUAGUAUUUGGAGUGAUGUAUAUAUUCAUUUGAGGUCCAAGAGUCGAAGGCUAAAACAUGACAUUGUAAUCUUACAAUAAAAAAAUAUUAAUAAAUUAUAAUUUAAAAAAAAUUAAAAUUAAUAAAGGAAUUUCACAUGAACAGUCUCGAUGCUAAAUUAGCAAUCGAGUAAAGACUGAAGCGUUUUGGGUGUUGGAGAGUUGCAGGAGAAUCCUGCGAAUUUUAGCAACUUUACUUGUAAGCAAUUCCAGAACUACGUAAUUAGGUAUCAAGAAAUUUAGCUCUUUUGAAAUAAUUUAUAUAAAUAAAAAAAAAUUAUAAAUAAUUGUUUAUAAAUGCCUGUGAAGGUAAAUAAUGAUAUUAUCUUAUAUAUGUAUACAUAUAUAAUUGUAUAUGGACUGUAUAUGUAUAUAUACAUAUGUAUUUAAAUAAAAAUAUAAUUACCUUUCAAAAUAUUUUUAAACGAUUAAAUUAAUAAAUACUGAAGCAAUUAUAAAUAUAUCGGGGCUACCCAGCAAUAACAUAAUACAUAUAUGUAACAUAAUAUAUAAUACAUAUAUGUAACAUAAUAUAUUAAAUAUAAAGGAUGAUUUUGAAAUAAGCAUGGAAAAAUUACGCACGAAAAUGCUAUGCUUCUUACGCCCUCUUAUGAGUUUAGACUAGUUAAUUUGCCCAGUUGUCUGUAAAUGCAAGAAUGAAAUUUG